AUGUCGUUGGCAGAAGUUGUCGCCGCGGACGUGGACGCCUCCAGCUCGUCCACUAUUCCGCUCUUCACCCACUGCCCCUCCCCCUCCUCCAAGCGCUCGAAGAAUGGCUCCUCCCUCUUCGUGCAGCUGCUGGACGGUUCCUCUCUGUUCGAGGCCGAGGUCUCGACCUCUCACAAGCCGCGGGCGCUCGACUGCUCGCCCCUCGAGUACCUAACAGCCGUCCAAGCAGCGCUGAGUCCAUUGGCUGUGGGGCAGGAGCCGCGCUUCGACUUCCGGUGGUCGAGGGCCAAGCGCACGCUGACGCUCAUGGAGCGCGCCGGGUUCGCCAUGAAGUUCUCGGCCGUCGAGUUCGCUCAAGUGGCGGACGACGCGUCCAAGUGGCAGCAGUUGCUGCACCAGGUGGCGACGCAGCAGAAGGAGAGAAGAGAAGAAGUUGACGAGAAGGAAGAGAAGAUCUUAAAGUUGGAGAAGCUGCUACUGCAGAAGGAGACGCUGCUGGAGGCGACGCUAGAGGCCAAGCAGAAGGAGGAGGACAGGCUGUUCCAGGGCUUCUGCGCCGUGCUGAAUGGCAAGAAGGACGAGAUCCAGAGGUUGAAGAACGAGCUGAACAGGGCGCAGGAGGCGCAGAGUUAUGGGGUGCAGGAGGGGGGGAAGAGGAAGGUGGCGGCCCCGAAGAGGGCGAGGAAGGCGACGGGAGCCAAGUUGAAGAAGAAGAAACAUCAAGAAGAGGAGGAAGAAGAAGAUGUGGAUAUGAGCGGGGAGGAUUCAAGUCGAGAAGACAGUGGAGGAGAGAGUACUGUUACCGAGGAGGCUGAUGACGAUGAAAGAGACGAACGGAAGAAGGCAAAGAGGGAUGCGAUCAGCGCGUACAGUCAGCUGCCGACGAGUCUGAAGCCGAGUUCGGUGCAAAUCAGUUCUGUAGAAGACUUGUUGUCCAGCAUGGACGAUAUCAUCAAGAACGAGGAGGAGGUGAAUGAAGCAACGCAGAGGGGGGAGGCGAGCAGUCAAAGUGUGACGUUGGAGGUGGAGAAGCAGUCGCACGUGAUGGAGUCGUCGAAACCACGUAGUACUGUUGCGAGGAGCGCGCUGGCUGUCAAGGUGGAACCGACUCCGCCGCCGAAGUCUGAGCCGGUGAAGCCUGCUCCUCCAGUUGACGAGCCGAUGGACUCGGAGGAGGAGGAUAUCCUAGACAUGUUGUCGUAGGAGUUUUAUCUAUCUACAUUCUUCAAUUUUGAUUUAUAGGUGCGUUAGGCGGGCAGCCUUGAUUGUCAUUCUUGUCUGUCAUAAGAAUUUUACGGUAGUCGUGGAUUGGGUUGGUCCGCAUUUGCGAAGCGACCGGCACAUGUAUGUCUUGAAAGUAAUAGGUAUCGU